AGAGACCCAGAGUACAGAAGGGAAAAGAAAAGGGAAACACAGACAGGACCUCCCCCAUCUUUAUUUCUUUGUACCUGACGCUCCUCUGCGUCUUUAUUUUCUUCUUCCUCUCAUUCGUCUGGUCUUUCCUUCCUCUUCUUCUGUGGUUUUAUAGACUCAGGUGAGAGAUGGGAUGUGGAAAUUCCUCACCAGCCACCAACAACAGCAACAACACUGGAGGUCAAGCUGAGUCUUCAUCAAAGGCAUCAGAAGAGUCUGCGCCAGAAGACGACAAAUGGAAGAACUAUGGAGGUGUGUACGUGGGUUUUCCCACCGACUUGAGCAACAUUCCUCAAGUACAGAUAGGAUCACUCAGAGAGAAUGAGAGAGACUUGUUAGCCCUCAGGAGGCCACUGUGGGGGGAUGGACUCUGAUUUUAAUGAAGAGUCAGGGUGUGACGGAAGAAGGAUACAGCAGCAGCAGAAGAAACCCUAAUGGGAUCAGCGUCACCUGCUUUAACCAGCUGUGGAGCCUGUUGUGUCAAACAAACUGGUUAAAGAUGUUUGUGCUUUAUGGAAACAGACGGACUCACGAAACAGAGACAGUUUGCUGUUUUAAAAGACAAAGCCCAUCGAGAUCAUUACAUAAAGAGACUGGAGAUCUAUGUUCCAACGAAUCAGCUCGACUUCAUUUGGCCUUAUUGGCAUGUUGUGUAGCUGCUUGAUGAAUCUAGCAGCAGAUGUUACAGUGAACGUUUAGCAGCUGAUUGUAACAAAAUGGCUUGUUGAGGGUGAAUAGUAGUUAUUUAAGGUCCAAAUAUAAAGUAGCACUACGUGAUGAAUAUAUUAAAGGAUAAGUUUGGUGAUAUUCAGUCAAUAAAACACAUAAAAAGACCAAAAGCAACAAUUCAAAGUUUGUCAAUCUAUGUAAAGGACUUUAAAAUAAAAAAAGUAACAGUUAAAGAACAAUUUUCUUAAAGUU